AUGGCGGGAAGCUCAAUUGAGUCAUUCUCAACCCUGGCCGGCUCAUCUCCGCCGGGACACUCAAUCCUGCAGUUUAUCACAGGCACCAAGCCCUUGUCCACACUCCGCCACCGCAUCACGAUGAGUGCGCACCCCUACGCCAAAGAGCUCCACCUCGCGAGCCUCGCCGUUCAGCGAGCUGCGCUCUUAACGAAGCGAUUACUCUCCGAGGUCGAUAAGGGCUCAUUCGACAAGAUUGACGCCACACCCGUAACAAUCGCCGACUUCGCCGCGCAAGCCUCCAUCAUCGCCGCCAUCCACAACACCUUCCCUGACGACCAGAUCGUCGGCGAAGAAGACUCGACCGCGCUGCGCGAGAACCCCACCCUCCUCGAGCGCACGUGGGAACUCGCCACAUCCGUGCACCUGGACGAUGCUGAAAGCGAGGCGCUCCUGUACACGCCGCAGUCGCGCGAGGAGCUCCUCGACCUGAUCGAUCUCGGCGCAAAGGGCGCCUGCGGGCCCGGGCGCGUAUGGACCCUCGACCCCGUCGACGGCACGGCGACCUUCAUGCAGGGCCAGCAAUAUGCAGUGUGCCUCGCGCUCGUGGAAGACGGGUUGCAGCGGCUCGGCGUGCUGGGCUGCCCGAACCUUGUCCUGGACGGACCUGUUUCUGAGGACAGCGUGGACCGGGACGGAUACGGGCAGAUGCUGACGGCAGUGGCGGGGCAUGGAACACAUAUUCAACCGCUGGGCACAGGAGUACUACACGCUCGUCGGGCACUGGGCGUGAUACCACAGAUUAGCGAGGCGCGCGGCGUGCGCUUCGUUGAUACGCGGGCGGCCAGCUCGCACGACGUGGGUGUCCACGCGCGGGUCGCGGCACAGCUGGACUGUCCGUGGCCGAAUCCGGUGGACCUGUGGUCGGCGCAGAUGCGCUAUGUGGCUAUUGCGGUGCAGGGCGGCUGCAAUGCGUUCGUUAAGGUACCGCGACAUGAGAGCUAUCGGUCGAAGAUCUGGGACCAUGCCGGAGGCAUGUUGCUGGUGCAGGAGCUUGGGUGUGUGGUUACGGAUUUGGAGGGCCGGCCGGUGAAUUGUGGGCUUGGGAGGACGCUGGGAGGUUGCUAUGGGAUGGUUGUGGCGCCAGCUUCGAUUCAUGGGCGGGUAUUGGAGGCUGUGAAGGUUGCGCGGUCGAUACAAUAG